AUGUGGAGGGCACUCAUCGCACUGAGCCUUUUCUUGGCUCAAGGGACUGCUGCUCCUGAUUGCAGCAGUCAUGACAUUGAAACCAACAACGUGGGCCAAUGUACCUGCGGCGGCGGCGGCGAUGUUUGCAAUACUCAAUGUGACGCCGGCCAGUCCUCUUCCGGGUGCCCGGGUACAGUCAUUCAGUCACAGCUGUUCCUCGACGACUGCAAAGGCCAUUGCACCUCGGAUGCAAACCACCGGUGUCAGUCUUGUUGGAUUUGGUUCAACGGACUCUGUUCUUGCUAUCAGAACGGCGGAUGCGCCCAGAGUAGCCAAACCCCUCCGUUCUGGAUCCAGCUGAAUGGGAAGCUGCUCACAACCAGUGAGCCAAUCCCUAGUAUUUUGGAGCUCCAGCAGCAUCCGUCACUUUCGGGCUACGGCUGGGACUUUGGCCAGAAAGUCUCGAAUCCCGAUUCUCAGGCGUUGGUGAUCAAUUCCGCACAUUCCAUCACCGAGAACCAAAUCCACAUGCACACCUGUCCCAUUAACAAUAACAUGCUCAAGGCGUUGACUGCAUUAUCGAAUCCGGGUCCUGCAGCUUUUGGUUCGCUCACUUCUGUUUCGCUGCCUGGCCCUCCGGGAGUUGACCGCGUCUGGUGCCGCGUGUCGCAGCAAAAGAAUACUGUAGUGGAUGGAAAGACGGUGUCAGAUGAUAUCAGUCGGAUUAUGGGGAGUCAAUGCAAGUACUACGUUGGUGCGGCGGUGGUUCGAGAUAGUAAUGGGUAUACUUGGGACUGCAUUACUGCUGACAGCAAAAGUACUGAGUACGGAAGAUUCUGCGCAUGA